AUCUCACCUCUCUCCUUCUCCACCACCAGCCGCCGCCACGGCCAGGCCGGCGUGGUGGUGCGCCUCCGCAGCUCAUCCAUCCACCAGCACCACCAUCACACGGCCAUCCCACCACAUCACCCAUCUCCAUCCACCAGCGUUGCAUCACCACCUCGCGCCAUCCAUCUCCCACCUCCAGCACCACCGCGCCUCAACCCCACGCUCGCGCGCCCAACCAGACGAGGCGUCUGGUGUCCUAUGCGACUCUCCCUGCCCCCUACUGAAUCUGUUGCUGCUCUUCUUGUUGCGCCCGACCUCUGAUGCUCCUUCUUCCCCUGCCUUGCUGCUGCUCUCUGCCUAACCUCCCCACGCCUCUGUUGUUCUUCUUGCCCAAACCAUGCUGUUACUCCUUAUCUGAACCUACUGUUGCUAAUGCGCUCUGCUGCUUCUUCUCCCAUGUCACUGCUGCUGCUCUUCUUUUCUUUCCCCUACUGCUGCUCCUUCUCUGAACCUCACGAUGCUGCUCCAUCUCCUAAACACUGCUGCUCCCAACUCCCUGCUGCUAUCUCUCUCUACUUCCCCUGCUACUCUUCUUCUCUAAACCUACCUGCUGCUGCUCUCUCUCUCUCUCUCUCUCUCUGAAAUUUCUGUAACUUUGAGAAGUUUAUUGUUCAGUACUUUGUAAUAUUCAGCAUUGAGAUGUUUUAUUACAUGUAAUAUUCAGAUUUGUUAAGUGUAAUAUCCUACUAUUUGGUUCAGUUUCGAAGUUCAAUAUAAAUGCUUGAUUCGUAUGUCCUUUGUCCUGACUAGUUGAUACCUUGUCACUUUGAGAAAUAUUUGACUUGUCAUACUUUGUUUAGUGAAAUAGUAUUCUUCAUAUGUGUGUGGUGUCCUAUGAUAUAUAUACAUAUGUGUGUGUUUGUAAUGUGAGUUAUAUCAAUUCUGUCGUAUAUCCAUGAUUCUUCUCUCUGUACAUGUUAGAUAAACCAAUGUGUUCUAGUCUUGUUGAUUCUCUUGUGAGAUGAUGUUCGCCUGUGUUAGUGUUCUAAUUUCUCAAGCAUAUAGAAAAUACCAAAAAGAGAGUGAGUGCAAUCUUAAUCUCCCUAUGUUGUUCUGCAUUUUCUUUGUCAUCAACCUUGUUUAGUUUAGGUUUAUUUUCUUACAUUCAUAAUCUGAAUUGUGUUACCUAGCUUUAGCCGAGCAUAGUUGCCGUCGCCUAGUCCCUGUGGAGAACACGACAUCCGUAGUUUGGGGCGUAAAAACCCCGCUAUACUUUCAAUAGAUUAUUUUGGCACCGUUGCCGGGGACUAGCGUCGAGCGAUUGUGUUAGGCUAUAGACUAGAUUUACUUUAGUUCCUUGUUCAAUUCGUCGUGUUUUUCAUUUUCAGUGUUUUUCCUCUACUUUCCCCCAUUGUUGCUUCGGCUUAUUAGGAUACUAACCUUCCAACUAGUGUUUACUGUUUAUGAGUGUGUGUAGGGAAUCAUAAAUCUUUGGUGGUUGUUCUAUAGUUACACUUGGUUAAGAUAUGGCAUUGCUUCGUGAUCUUUGGAUGCCAAGUAGUCAAUGUUAUAUCACAGGACCGGUUUGGCCAACUAUUGAGGUAGAGAAUUUUGAGAUGAAGCCUGGUCUUAUUGCUUUGGUUCAACAACAACAGUUUGGAGGACUGCCCACUGAGGAUCCUUAUGAGCACUUAUACCGAGUCAUGGAGUAUUCAGGUCCAGUCAAGUACCAUGGAGUUCCUCAAGAUGCUAUCAAGUGCAUGCUAUUCUCAUUCUCCCUCCGCGAUGAUGCUCGUGCUUGGUAUCGAUCCUUGCCAUCAAGGUCAUACAGUUGGAAUGAGAUAUCGCGAGCUUUCUUGGAUAAAUAUUUACCACUACACAAGCAGUCCACAAUUCGAGAUGCGAUCUUCAAUUUCGUUCAGCGUGAAGGCGAGAGCUUGUAUGAUGCUUGGGAGAGAUACAAAGCCUUAUUCAGGAGAUGUCCUAAUCAUGGGCUCGAGAGAUGGUUAGAGUUGCAGAUAUUCUAUAGAGGAUUGACUUCGAACACUCGAGUUUAUGUCGAUAUGGUAGCGGGUGGAGCUAUUACAAACAAGACACUUGAUGAAGCUUUUCUGCUGAUUGAGAGCAUAGCUUUCCACCAACUUCAGUGGUACAAUAAGAAGCCCACAUCUGAUUCAUUGGUUUGCUUGCAAAAAAUCACUACACCUCAACCACCAAUUCUUACACAAAAGCUCGAGCCUCUAUCUCAGUUUGACAAGGUUGAGCUUGCAUGGAUUAUAUUUGACGAUGAUGACACCAUUCUAGUGGACACACACGCUACAGAUCAUCUAGAUACUAGUGUUGGAGAUUCAGUUUUGCAUUGUGAUGAUUCUUCCAUGGAUGAGCCAGAGCUGCAGUUCGUUGCUUUUGAUAUUGAGGAGUCACCUUUAGUUGAUAUUGAUCAUGUGCUGCUAGAGCCAGAUAUGGACAAGUUCGCCUUUGAUGAUGUUAGCCGCAUUGAUUCUUCAACACUUGAGCCUGAGAUGGAGAGCUUCAUGGUUGAUUAUGGUGAGGUGGAUUCAGAUGUCAAGGAGUCAAGCUCUAUUUCACUUGUUGACACAAGUGCGGUGGAAAUUUCUACUACCACACCUCACUUGGUAUCUUCAAUUGAGGUAGUCCUGAAGCUUCUUCCCAAGUAUCUUAGGUAUGAUAUCAGCUUUCUCGACAAGAUAUGCCAUAUCAUGGAUACAGCCUAUGCACCAUGCGAUUUAUUGAUGAUAUCUAUUUAUCAUAUGCUCAAUAGAUAUGCUUAUGUGAUAGGAUACUCUAUUGAUGACAUAGAGGGCAUUGUCCCUAUCAUUUGUAUUGGCUUGGUUGUUCAGUGUGCUUUCAGGUUUAUGCUUGUGCACCAUUCAUUGCGGGCUAACCAAGUUCGAGAUGACAUUCCCUGGGAUCCUGGUGGAUUCACGGCAUGGUGAUGAGGAUAAGCAAGGAGCACACAUGAAGAGAGAAGCUGGAGCAUGCAUGAGGAAGCAAAAGGAGAGGAGUCGCAAUGCACGAGGAUGUGGGAGUGAUCGAGUGAGACCUACAUCAAAGCCCGGAAAGAAGAAGAGGAACAAGACAAGAAGCUAGAAGAGAUGAAGAAAGGACUUGGGUGAGAAGAAACAAAGUAAGCAGAGGGGCAAGUUAAAGGAGAGAGGGACCUUCUUGUGAAGGAAGAAGAAAAGGAGAAGGGCCAAUGUGCAAAUGGGCAGAUCUGAUCGAAGGGGAACAAAAUCCCUAGAGGCAUCCUUCUUUCUCCUUGGGCCUGGCAUCUCAUGUCUCUCCUUCUCCCCUUCUUCUCCACCACCAGCCGCCGCCACGGCCAGGCCGGCGUGGUGGUGCGCCUCCGCAGCCCAUCCAUCCACCAGAACCACCAUCACACGGCCAUCCCACCACAGCACCCAUCUCCAUCCACCAGCGUUGCAUCACCACCUCGCGCCAUCCAUCUCCCACCUCCAGCACCACCACGCCUCAACCCCACGCUCGUGCGCCCAACCAGACGAGGCGUCUGGUGCCCUACGCGACUCUCCCUGCCCCCUACUGAUUCUGUUGUUGCUCUUCUUGUUGCGCCCGACCUCUGCUGCUCCUUCUUCCCCUACCUUGCUGCUGCUCUCUGCCUAACCUCCCCACGCCUCUGUUGUUCUUCUUGCCCAAACCAUGCUGUUACUCCUUAUCUGAACCUACUGUUGCUACUACGCUCUGCUGCUUCUUCUCCCAUGUCACUGUUGCUGCUCUUCUUUUCUUUCCCCUACUGCUGCUCCUUCUCUGAACCUCACGAUGCUGCUCCAUCUCCUAAACGCUGCUGCUCCCAACCCCCUGCUGCUAUCUCUCUCUACUUCCCCUGCUACUCUUCUUCUCUAAACCUACCUGCUGCUGCUGCUCUCUCUCUCUCUCUCUCUCAAAUUUCUGUAACUUUGAGAAGUUUAUUGUUCAGUACUUUGUAAUAUUCAGCAUUGAGAUGUUUUAUUACAUGUAAUAUUCAGAUUUGUUAAGUGUAAUAUCCUACUGUUUGGUUCAAUUUCGAAGUUCAAUAUAAAUGCUUGAUUAGUA